AUGGCAAGCCCUUAUCAGCGCAUCCAAAGCGCAGCCGGAGAUAUCAGGAUCCUGAUAGUCCAGCCCGGUCAGCCUCAAGACCCAUUGAAAUGUCAUCUUGAGGUUGCCCGCCUCUCACUCGACCAGGGAUCCAAGCCCAAAGAUCCUCCAAGCUAUGAAGCAAUCUCCUACUGCUGGGGCGAUCCAACUCCUUGCAAGCCAUGCGACCUCGACGGAAUCGCGGUCAAGAUCCCCGCCAGCGCAUCAGAAGUAAUCCAUCGUUUUCGGCUUUCCGAUGCGCCCAGACGAAUAUGGAUAGAUGCCCUCUGCAUCAACCAGCAGGAUAUCGUCGAGCGUGGAGAGCAGGUAUCCCUCAUGGGCGCCGUCUACUCUCAAUGCACGCGAUGUCUAGUCUGGCUGGGUGCCGACACUGAUAACACGGCUAAGACGGCUUUUGAUACUGUGGACAAAGUGUGCCAUGCCGCGAGGGAGGCUGACCGAGAGUCCAAGGACCCCAUGGUUGAAAUGUUGUCCAUGCUGUCAUCCAGGAGCUUCACCCGUUCAGUUUUCAACGCGUCGUUCGAACAGAGACUUAGAGGAGAGAGGGGGGAGCCCAGCUUCAAACUCAAGGAUACACAGGAUGACUUGUUUACCCUUUUGCGGCGGCCAUGGUUUCAGAGGAAAUGGGUCUUUCAAGAAGCAGUACUGGCUCCAGAGUCAAUAGUCUACUGCGGGACAGAAAUAAGGCUUCUAUCUACCAUAUUUGAAGCAGGCCACAGUUUGUACCGUCACCGCGCAUGGUCUCACACUCCAGAGGAAAUCUUGAUGAUCCGAGACCUCCACUUACUCUGGAGCUAUUUCUCCUCAGAAACAAAUGAAGAGCUUCCCGUGGAUUCGAGAACUCUAGUCGCCUUGCUCGCUUUUCUGCGGACAAAGUCUUCCACCGACCCGAAGGAUGCUGUGUUCUCGGUCCUUGGCUUGGUCAAGAGGAACGUGCAAACGAAUGACUCCUUCCAAGCUCUGCUCAAGGUAGAUUAUAGGCGGCCCCUCCGUGACAUCCUCGCCUCGGCGACGAAAUACGCCAUCAUCGAAACACAGACACUCGAUGUGCUCAGAUUCGUCUUGCCAAGGUUGAACGAGAAUGCAGACACUUCGCAGAUCCCGUCUUGGGUUCCGAGGUGGCAUCUUCGGCAUGAGGAUAUAGACAUGGGUGCCAACAGGGUGGACCCUAGCGGCGAGUUCGAUGCUAGUACAGAGCUCGAAUUAAUCGACCCUCAUGAUGUUUCUGUGCUCAAGUGUCGAGGGGAUAUCAUCGACGAUAUAUGUUACCGGUUUGAUGCACCUAGCAAAGAUGUGGUCAAGGACGCAUCGGCGCUGGCGGCCUUUUUCAAGAACCUCCGAUCUCUUUUUCGUCGAGAUACCCUCAGGCCUAACCAGAUGUACUCCAUGGAUGAAGAGCCGACAGUGAUAUCGUCGAUGCUGAUGAUGGGUCGCCAAUAUCCCAUGCGACAGUACAGAGGGAAUGAGACUGACGAUUUCAUCCUUCUUGAAAGCUACCUCGACGAGCCCGGCCUUGUCCUCCCAACUCUACCAGAGGACGGAGUUAUACCAACGUCGACAUUUAAAGACCGAUCCCCCGGCGAGCAGGCAUUUGUUAGAUUUGCAAUGAUAAUGCGCCUCGCCUUGCAUCACCGGGCCUUUUUCGCAACCAGCUGCGGACUGAUUGGUCUUGGACCGUGUACGAUGGAGGUUUGUGAUGUCGUUGUGAUGCUGCAUGGGUUUCCUUACCCUGUUGUACUUCGACCUAAGGGAGAUGGGUAUGAGUUUCUGGAGAGUUGUUAUGUGCAUAGGUUGAUGGGGGGUCGGGAUGAAUGGCCAGCUGGAGUUGUCGCGAAAGAAGAGAUCAUUUCAAUUCGAUAG